CGGGACCGAACCACCUCUUCUAAACGCUGCUCCCUCGACGGAGUCCGUCGCCCAAGAAGAACCUUCGGACAUGGAGGACGACGACGAGUUCGGGGAGCUUUACACCGACGUAUUCCGCCCCAUCGCCGACUCCCCUCCUGCCCCCUCUCCCGGGACUCGCCCUGAUCCCGUCGUUCCUGCUGCCGACGACGAUAUCGAAGGCGGCGACGGGGACGAGAUAUUGUUCGGCGCCUCUCGUUCUUCCCCCGCCGCCGAACUUCCAUCGGUCCCUCAUCACGCCCUAGCUCCUCCCGCCGCGGCCGCCGCCACCGCCGCCGAAGACUACGGCCAGCGCGAUUGGAUGCUUGGUCACGCGCCUCCCGUGGUGGAGGCACCGGAAAAUUGGGACGACGAAAACGACGGCGUGGUCUCCAGGCCGACAGAGGUCGUUGCACCCAUGGCCGAUAAGUGCGAGCCUAGGGUUUUGGAGGAUGACGAAGAAGAAGCUAGGGUUUCGGAGAUUCCAAAUGGGGAUGGUAAAAUUGGUGACCCUGAGAGGCUUCGAGCCCCAAAUGGGGACGGCUAUCCAUUGUUUGGAGGUGGAGUGGUUGAAAAUUUAGGCGAUCCGGACGAAGCUCCGGUCAUUCCCGGCCUCUCAGCUGAACCAGCCCCUUCCGGGCCUCUGAUCGGCAUGAACAUUGAAGAGAGGAAGCCAUCACAAAGUGAGGAUUGGGACAGCGAUAGCGAAGAUGAUCUCCAGAUCGUGCUGAAUGAUAGCGAUCAUGGACGGCUUGGUGUGGACAGGAAUGAUAGAAUUGGGAUUGAUGAUGAUGACAGGGAAGAUGAUUUGGUCAUUGUCACUGAUGAGGAUCAGCAUCGCCACGUCCCGGCUACGGAUGAGCAAAACUGUGGGGAGGAGGCUAUGCAGUCUACUGGCGAUGGGGAGAGAAAGGAGAUGGUGGAUGUGGCGAAAAUUGCUAGUGCUACCGGAAGUGCAUUGGAGGCGAGGAUUGGGUACAACACUCAUGGGUCUCAUCCACAGCAUCAUUCAAUGUACAAGUAUAUAAGACCUGGUGCAGCACCUCUACCUGGGGGCCCUGCUGCUGGGACAGCUUGUCCUCCGGGCGCUGCUCGUCCUCCUCUUAUCUCAGGUCCCCUUUCUGGUGGAGGAAGAGGUGAUUGGAGACCUGCUGGUGGCAGGGGGAUUCCAAAUGGGCCCAAAGGCUAUACUGGCUUUGGUUUCCCUGCUUGGGCCAAUAGUUCAUCCCGUGCUUUUGGCAGUGGACUGGAUUUUACCCUUCCUGCUCACAAGUCAGUUUUUGAUGUUGACAUUGAGAGUUUUGAGGAAAAACCGUGGAGACAUCCCGGAGUUGAUGUAUCAGAUUUUUUUAAUUUUGGUUUUGAUGAAGACAAGUGGAAGGAUUAUUGCAAGCAGCUGGACCAACUUCGUUUAGAGUCAACCAUGCAAAGCAAGAUUCAUGUCUAUGAGAGUGGCCGAUCAGAGCAGGAGUAUGAUCCAGAUUUACCUCCCGAAUUGGCAACUGCAGCAGGCCAUCACAAUAUUUUUGCUAAUAAUGGGCAUAAAAAAGCAGAUGAUGGGGAAGUAGAUUUUAGUAACCAAGGAAGAGGAUCAUCAGUUAUGCGGGCACCAUUGCCAACUGGGAGAGCAAUACAGGUUGAAGGUGGUUAUGGUGAGCGCCUACCCUCUAUAGAUACCAGGCCUCCUCGCAUCCGUGAUGCAGAUGCAGUUAUUGAGAUUGUGUUGCAGGAUUCAUUUGAUGAUCCAAAAAUGUGCAACUGUGCCCCAGAGAAACACAAGAGUGUUGAAAGAGAUGAUGAUAAAUGUUUUCAUGAAGUUAAAAAUGAUGAUAGAAAUACUGUCUCAGGAAAUAUGAGGCACUUUUCACAUGCUUCUGGCAAUAGGAAUAAGGAAAUGACUAGAAGAGCCCUUUCUGCUAAGGAAAAAAAUGAAGUGUUGCUUUUCCCUUCGGAAUCUUCAGCUGAAUACCAUCAAGAUUCAAGAACAAGGAGCCCUGUAUCUCCUGCUAAAGCACUGGGGAUACACCAAAGCUGCAGGUUGCCCCAGGGAUCUUCACAUAGAAGAUCCUCCAAUGGUCGUGAACAAUCUAUUGAUGGCAUCCCUAGUCCAAGUGUCCACUCAAACAGGCUUGGUGAUGAGGAGGAGACACAGGAUGAUAGCACUGGAGUUGAUCGGAGUUCUGGAAAAUCAUCUUCUGUUGCUGAUGAUACUGUAAAAGAGCUGAGUGUUGAUGAGCAAUGCUGUGGGCAUGAUGAAAAGCUUACACCAGUUAGCAUUGAAAAUGAAGGGGAGGACAUGGUGUCAGACGUACAUAUUCCUAAUGAGACCAGCGACAAUGAUAAAUUAGUUCAAACUGGCAAGAAGCAAAAGCUUUCAUCACUGGUUGAGCAACCUGCAGGGCAUGAUAGUGGUCAUGAGGAUGAGUUGCAAACCUCAAAUAGUGAUAACAGUAGACAGAAAUCUGGGAGCAGUAAGGAUUAUCCAAAGCAGACUGAAAAUGGUGAUAAAGUCAUACAAGAAGAACAUUCAAUUCAGGUGGGUCACUUAAAAAGACCCCACAAAGAAGAAUGUUAUUUGCGACCAAAAGAUGACUAUGGUCUGGAUGCUAGACAAGUGAUGAAGAAAGAUUACAUUGUUUCCAAAGGAAAGGAUGAUACAUCUGAUUCUUAUAAGCACCCUCUUCGAAGUAGAAGCUAUGAGAGGAAAAAGGAAUCAGAAUCUUCUAUCAGUUCUUGGCAAAGAAGAGAGGACAAUGUACACAGUAGAAGAGUCAAAGAUGAAGACAGGAGGUGGGAGAAUAGUGAUGAAAUGGUGUCAAAGCACAGGAGCAAGUUAAGGGUGACUGACAGAAACCCGAAAGAAGAAGAUCAUUCAAAAAAGCGUGUAGAAGAUAGAGACUGGAGAGGGCAUAAUAGGGAUGACGUCUUAUGGCAGAGGUCAAGAGAUGAUCUUGUGAGUCGUCAUGAAAGCACAGACGAACCUCUCAUUAAAAAGAAAAGGGAUGAAGAAUAUCUAAGAGGCAAAGCUGACAAAUUAAGUACUCUGCAUGGUUAUAGGGAUGAAGAAAAUUCUGGGAGAAAGAAAAGAGCAAGGGAUGAUGCCAUAGAUCAUAGGAGGAGAGAGGUUGACACUAGAAUGAGAGAUAAGGCUGAUGAUCACUUAUCUUCCAAUCAUAAAGAUGAUAACUGGCGCUAUAGGGAGAGAGAGGAUAGGCAGCGACUUAAACCUCAUGAAAGUGCACCGAUGCACCGGGAAAGAGAAGAAGGGCGGGGGUCUGUAAGGAGUGGGCGGGCUAUGGAAGAUAAAGCAUCGGGUGGUAGUGCUAGGAAUAGGGAUGAAUCAAAGACUAUAGUCCAUGAUAGUAGGGUUCAUCAAGAGAAAGAAAGAAGGCAACUUAAUGAUCAUUCAAAGAGGGAUCAUGGUAGGGAAGAUGAUGUACAAAAUAAGGGACGCAGACAUUUAUCUGUGCGUGAAAAAUAUUCAAACAAUGACAGAAGAAACUCUAGGCAUGAAAGGAUGAACACGUACAAGGACUGCCCUCCUAGUGCUGAUGGCAAGCAGAUGUACAGGGAAAGACACAAGGAAAAUACAAGGAAAUCCAAAGAUUCAGAAGCUCAUGAGCAGCACAGCCAGGGGCUUGGUAAGAGAAAGCAUGAAGACCGCCACACCGCUCAAACUGACAAGGUCUAUAUUAGAAGCUUAAAUGAGCAAGAAAGUAACAACAUUUCCUCCACCGAUCUCUCCAAGGAUCCCCACCAAAUUUAUGAAGAACCGGAGGCCCCCCAGCAAAAGAAACAAGAGGAAGCUGAUCCUGCCUCAGAUGAAGAGAACCAGGGUUCCAGGAAGGGGCGAUCAAAAUUGGAACGCUGGACCAGCCACAAAGAGAGGGAUUAUGAUGCCACUGGCAACACACACACAUUAUCUGCUUCCUCAGGGGUUAAGAAAAUUGAAGGCGAUAAUGUUGAUGUGGUGCAGGCAGAUGAAGGAGCCAAAACUGAAUUUAAUAAUGCCGGUGAAUUAGAUGGCAAGGAUGUUGAUGGAGGCCAAAUUGUGGAUAAGACGGUGGAUGAGCCAGACCACCACCUAGACACUAUGGCUAAGCUUAAGAGACGAAGUGAGCGCUUCAAACUUCCUAUGCCUAUUGUAAAGGAGACUACAUUGAGCAAAAAAUUGGAAAAUGAAGUGCAGUCAUCCAAUAAUGAAGCUGCUCUUGAUUCAGAGGUAAAGCCAGAGCGACCAGCUAGGAAAAGGAGGUGGACUGGUAGUAGUUGAUUAUGGCUCCUUGAGGAGAUCAUGCCAAUUGUGCUCUCAUGAAGCAGAUGGGUGAGUUAGCCCUGUGUUAUAGCUCAAGUAUCAUCACUUCCCCUACACACCCUUCCUCUUCUCCUUACUCCCAAGCGUAAAGCAAGUACAUGAGAGGAAAUGGGUGUGUAACUUAAAACAUUUUAGAUGGUGGUCUGAGGUUUGUACUUCCUUUUCCUUUUUUUGCCCUGGUCAGCCAGCAAGUUCCGAUACCGGAGGUUCCUUCCUGUUUGAGGGGGCUAGAAAGGUUUUCAGGAUAAUGUUUGUGGAGUUUUUGAAGCUAACUGAAGCUGCAAUCAUGGGAUGGUAGAAUUAUCUGACAUCCUGGAAGACAAAGAUAUUACAAUAUCUGAAGGGGGUGGAGCAGCAUUGCCUCUUUUAUCUUAUUUUGUUUUCAUCUUUACUAUGAUGCUCCUGAAGACGGGUGGGAAGGCAUCAUUGCUGGAAACUGAAUAGCUGAUGCUGCCAGAGAUCAUACAUUGGUCAUGUGCUCAUCUAAAGUGUCCAAGUCGAGGAACAAGAUCUGUAAAUUGUGGGCGGUUAAAGUCAGAUCAGACAAGUGCAGAUCUGUGGGUCUUCUAAUCUCAUUGCUUCUGUUCAUAAUCGCACAUUGGUGAUUGACGUGCUAUGCAGUUCGAGAGGCUACCAGAUGCCUUCUUAUGAUCAUGAAGACCUAGCUGCAAAGGUUGCAUUGCAGCAAAAAGAAAGUUCCCCUGAAACUAAUUCUACAGAGUGAUGAUACAUCGAACUUUUUUUACUUAAAUUCUUCCUUUGGCCCUACGAUGCAGCGUCAUAUUCUAUAAUCGUAGAUAGAAGAUCUUGAAGACAAUGUCCAUACUCGAAAAUUAUUCAACGGAGAAAGGACAUGUAAUAUCUUCCCUGCUUCUGUUUUGUUCAUUGACAAUUGUAGUUAGGUUGAAUGUAUUGGUAAACUAUAUGAGCACCUGCCCGAAGAGACAUACCAUACGGUUAGACAUAAAUUAGGUCAUCAAUAUUGAGACUGACACUGAAUCCAUUUCCGAUA